CCGACUACGCGACCAUGAACGGACGUGGACCGAUGCCCUGCCGGUUUGGCGUGGACUGCCACAGGAAAGAUUGCUGGUACGCUCAUCCCGCAGGGCGGUCGAUCGAUGCAGGCGGCGGGGGCGGCGCCGGCGCCGGCAGCAGCAGUUACGGUGCGAUGCCCAACGGCAGCAAUGGUGCAAGCGGUCCACCAGGCGGGGCUGUUGGCGGCGGCGGUGGCGGCGGCGGUGCGAGACCCGGGAUGGUGCCUGGCGGGAUGAUGCCUCACGCAUCUCCCAGGCAAGCGGGAGGUGGUGGGAGAGGGGGCAGGGGAGGAGGAGGAGGAGGAGGAGGCAACAACGAGUGUCGCUAUGGGUUCCAGUGCAAGCGCGAGGACUGCCACUUCAGCCAUCCGUUUGGCCGGGCGAUUGACGGCGAUGGAGGCGGUGGCGGCGGCGGCGGCGGCGGCAGGAGACCUGCACUCAACCGGGGCACGAGCAACAACAGCGCUGUUUCUGUCACCAGGGGCAUGUCGGAGUUGUCGUUCGGCUCCUAUCCCCCGGCGAACGCCACGGACGAUGAGCAGGACCUCAGGGACACGUGGUUCCCCAAGGCUCGCGACUGCACGUGCUGCAAGGGCUUCGUGUACGGCUGCACCGCCGACAUCUGCGACUCCAUGGGACAGUGCACGUGCAGCAUCGAGGAAGCAGACCUGGACGGCAGCAGCGACGUCGCCUCAAAUAUCUCGAGGACGGACUCCCCGCACUUGGGGAUGGCAAGCAACGGCAGCCCGAUGGGACCCGGGGAAGGGUGGACACAGCCACCGCAGCCCCCUACAGAGGCAGCCCUAGCGGCGGCGGCGGCGGCGGCGCCACCUGCGCCCGCAGGGGGGGGCGGGGGCCGACCUAGCGCGGGCAGGGGGGCGGGGGGCGGUCCGGAAUGCCGCUACGGUACGGGUUGCAAGCGGGCGAACUGUUCCUUCGGCCACCCACGAGGCCGCAAGAUGGACUCAGACGGGGUUACAUUCGGCGAUUUCGGCGGUGGCGGCAGCAGCAGUGGUGGUGGCGGUGGCGGCGGCGGCGGCGGCGGGAGGGGGGCGGGGGCGAGAUCAACGGCGCAGCAGGACCUUAUGGACACUUGGUACCCGGACUGUCGCGAAUGUUCCUGCUGCAAGAGCCUGGUCCGGUGAGAACCCGGCGUGCUCCGUCCCGGCUUUGUAGGGAUGCGAGGUCAAUGGU